CGMAGGCUCGUUCUAUAAACAACAUUUAUAGAAAACGGUAACACACCACAUUCUGGUCGAGUUAGUGUUCACUAUGGUAAUUCAUGGAGUACUCUGUGCUACAAGGGACUGGACUACAUCGAUKUGAAAGUGAUAUGUAGAAUCGACACAAGCAAUGGCAUCAGAUUCUACAGUGACCAUUUACCUAUCCAAAGCAUCCCAGACAAUAGACGCACGUUUGAAAAGGUAAAGCUGACUUUGUUAUCAACAUUCUUAAAUAUUCUCUCAGAUGAUCAAUGUCUCUUUUCAGCACAUAUCAAUUUGUAGUGGAAAAGGGUCUAGAAAUACCAUCACCUACUACUUCUUGUACCAAUGCUUCCUUGGAGACAUGUUUUACCAUCACAAAGUGUUUAGUGAUUCUUACAUCGCUACAGAGGUUCCAGUCAGUCCAAAUCAUGCUAGUAGUUUCACUAUUGGYGAUUGUCUCUAUCACCAUGGCUACCAUAACGUACCAUUAGAACCCGGACGUGACCCGGGUUCACGUGAGAAUCGUUACCAUGGCAAUGAAUGAGUUAAUUGUAGCAAUCUAUAUCAAAAUUUUCUGCAGCAAAUCAAAAAGUCAUGAGUGAAAGGAGUAAUCACAUGGAAAAUGCAUUUUGGCGAGGUUUGCAACAAGACCAAAAUUGAUCCAYCCGUAUUUCAAAUAAGUAACAAGAGUUCCAUCAAUCAAACGUCAGUGGUGAUCCCCUUUCUUGCCGUGCAGAACAAACCAAUAGCAGGUCGGUAAUUGUAUUUCCCUAGACAAUGUCAAUAUUAUACUUCUCUAGGAAAGUGCUUACACUCUCAAUGGUAACAGUUGAGGCGAAGCGAGAUCGAAUGAGGUAAUAAUAAUCUUGAUUAAAUUUAGCUAAUGAAAUUAGCUAGGCGAUGUAUUGAAAACGAGGCGUGCGCUUAUUAUGCCUUGCUGACUGGCAUUUGGUAUGCUGUGGGGACGSCCCUAAYCCUUGCAGGGCUUGUACUUGUAGCCAUCGUCAUGUGUUAUCGCACUCACCAAGACGCUUUGUGGUUGUGAGAUUCCCACACACCCUACGCUAUCAGUAAGGUAAGCAAGCAUCGAUAGAUAAGUACUCACCAUUGACCAUGUCAUUGAUUGACAGUGGUUGGCUUACAAUUGUGACCUCCUAUUCAUGACGGUGGUGCCGGAGUGACGACUUUUGGAAGCUUAUUCCAUACUCAUCUGUGCCGAUGGGUUUAAUGAUACAUUCAUUAGGUUUGGUUUUUGUAUAUUUACUCGCUUUUCUGUCGUUUUUAGUAAAUUGGUAUUGCGAAGCAAAACGCUCCUUUAUUUCUUUUUCAGAAGAGUCAUUAGCGACGCGCCAUUCGUAUCUUUUACAACGAAAUCUGGUGUGCACGGCCAUACACAAGGACAUUCUGAUAAGAAUUCAGACGGCAAUGAUUCAUUGGUGAUUGGUUUAUCCGUUGUUUUGGCGAUGACGAUAUCUGCCAUGUCUGCAUUGGUUGGUUACAUUGUGUAUGAUUUUGUAAAGAAGAGAAAGACGCAAAAGACAGAAGAUACCAAUCCGCAGAUCGAGAUCUCAGAUUUGGCGCCCGCACGUGUCAGUACAGGAGAAACCUCUGACCAGCAAUACCAGGAGUACCCGCCACAACGACGCAAAAAGAAUGCAGUGKGUUUGUCUGGUCAGGGUACUCAGUAUCAGUCUCUCGCUCCCCAGAAAAGAUCCCAGCAACGUGGAGGCGUUGGUAUAGAAUCUUCUUACCAGGUCGUUGGUGGACCGGGGAAAUCUACUUUGUCCUACACGGAAGAGGCGAUAUACGACAAYACCAACGCCUGAAUCUCAUGGAUCCCAGAGUCAUAAAACAGUAGCAUUUGGGGCAGAAAAAUGUGAAAACAUGAUACACUGGAACCUYAUCUUAUGGACACAAAACAGUCGCGGAAUAGUUCGAGAUAAAUGAUCAGACUACAAGCCCUGGGAUAUGGCGUCACCGACAGAACUAUAUGCCUCGUUGCUACCCUGCGAUAAGGCUGUUGUAAUGAAGAAGUCUUCCAUGAAACUGCUGUCCGUAAGGAGAGGUUCCUGUGCAGUUCAGUUAGGUUAAUAAGCUCCUGUAAGCUCUAUGGUAAUAAACUYGGUUUAAAAAGAAGUUGUAUUAAGAACUUUAAGUUGUAUUWAAAACAUU